AUGACGAAAGACACUCGCGCCACCGCAGAAGAUCUUGAAGUUUCUGGUUUCUUCUGGGUUCCAUCAUUCGAAAUCUAUGGCUCUGUUGCAGGCAUUUACGAUCUUGGCCCAACAGGCUGCGCAAUCGAACGCAACUUCCUCCAGAAGUGGAGAGAUCAUUUCGUUCUUGAAGACGACAUGCUCGAAGUUCGCUGCUCCGCUCUUACCCCACGUCCAGUCUUAGAUGCAUCUGGCCACACAGAAAAAUUCAAUGAUCUCAUGCUCACAGACAUGACAACAAAGGCACUUUACAGAGCUGAUCAGUACAUCGCUGCUUACCUUAAGGAGCGUGCUGAGAAGGAAACAGACCACGACAAGAAGAAGCAGUACGAGAAGGAUGCCGAAGAUGUCGAUGGCAUGACAAAGGAGCAGAUGAUGGCUCUCAUGGCCAAGUACAACAUCAAGUCUCCAGAAGGCAACGAGUUCUCUGAACCAGCCCCAUUCAACCUUAUGUUCAAUACACGUGUUGGUCCAGGCGCCCGCUCCAUCGAGGCAUUCCUCCGCCCAGAAACAGCUCAGGGCAUCUUCGUUAACUUCACACGUCUCCUCAAUGCCAACCGCGGAUCUCUUCCAUUCGCUGCUGCCCAAGUCGGCGCUGGUUACCGUAACGAAAUUUCCCCACGUAACGGUCUUGUCCGCUGCCGUGAAUUCCAGAUGGCCGAAAUCGAGCACUUUGCUGAUCCAGAGCAGCUCAACAACUUCCCUAAGUUCGAGACAGUCAAGAACCUCAAGGUCAAGCUCUUCCCAGCCAGUAUCCAGGAAUUAGAAGACGAAGAAAAGCGUAUCCCAAUCGAGAUCACCCUCGAAGACGCUAUCGCACAGCACGUCGUUUCCCACAAGACACUCGGCUACUACAUUGGCCGUGUCUACUUAUUCCUCUGCGAAAUCGGUAUCCAACCAGAUACAAUUCGCUUCCGUAUGCACCGCAAGAACGAAAUGGCCCACUACGCUCGCGAAUGCUGGGAUGCCGAAAUCUACACAAAGACACUCGGCUGGCUCGAGUGCGUCGGCAUUGCUGACCGCCAAUCAUGGGAUCUUUCUCGCCAUGCUAAGUACACAACAAAGAAGGGCGAUGCUGAAUCAUCACCACUCUACCUUUCCGCUCCACUCGAUACACCAAUCCACCAGACAAAGGUUGAAGGCGAAAAGUCCGCAAUCGGCAAGAUCUUCCGCAAGGAUGCCAAGGAGAUCAUGGAUGCCCUCGCAACCAUCCCAGCCGACCAGGUCGAAGCCCUCCGUGUCAAGGUUGCUGAAGCUGAGAAGCUCUUCGGUGCUGAGAAGCCAGCCAAGAAGAACAUCGCCAAGGCCAUCGCAGCCCUUUCUGCUGAAGACAAGAAGAAGUUCGAGGAACUCACAAACAUCACAGUUUGCGGAGACAAGACAGUUACAUACGAAAUGUACAACAUCAACGAUACAGUUGUUACAACACGUAAGUUCUUCCCGAACGUUAUCGAGCCAUCGUUCGGUGUCGGCAGAAUCAUGACAUGCCUCUUCGAACAGGCAUUUUAUGUCCGCGAAGAUGGCGAACGCCGUGUUCUCAGAUUGAAGCCAUUCAUGGCACCAUACAAGGUUAACCUCAUCCCAAUCAACAAGAAGAACGCUAAGGAUGAAGAUAUCCACAACAUCCGUACAAACCUCCGCAAGAAAGGUCUCGCUAAUACAAUCGAUGCUGCUGGUGUCUCAAUCGGUAAGCGCUACGCUCGUUCUGAUGAAAUCGGUACCCCAUUCUGCAUCACAAUGGAUGACGUCACAAACGAGGACGGAACAGUCACACUUAGAGAGCGUGACUCAACAAAGCAGGUCCGUGGAAAGCUCGAACAGAUCAUCAACGCUAUCUGCGAAAUGGUCGACGGAAAGUCUUGGGAAGACGCUACAAAGGGCUACGAAACAGUCACACGCCCAGAAAACUAA